AUGGCGGCCCCCAGUCGCAGUGGGGCUCUUCUCCUUCGGAGCGCGUUAGGGUGCUGGCAGCUGGGCCCCGGCUCUGCCGCGGAGUGGGUGACUCGGCUUCCUUCUCCCCGGGGUUGUGGGCAGCGGUGUGUGUCCCGUGUCACGGGUACCGCUCUCUCAACUCCCCACGCACCGCCGGCUUGUCGCCGUUAUGGUUCCCGCUCAGCUCUGGACCGCUUCUUAGGGAUUACUCAGCCGGACAGUUCUUUGGCUCCUCCCGUCCCUGCCGUGUCCACAAACAGAGGUGAACAGGAUCUCCUUGUGGUCCAUCCCCCUGACAUGCCUGAGAAUUCCCAGGUCCUCCGAGUAGUCCUCCUAGGUGCCCCAAAUGCUGGGAAGUCGACAUUAUCCAACCACCUGCUGGGCCGAAAAGUGUUCCCAGUGUCCAAGAAGGUGCAUACCACUCGAUGCCAAGCUCUGGGAGUCAUCACAGAGAAGGAGACUCAGGUGAUCCUUCUGGACACACCUGGCCUCAUCAACCCCGUUAAACAGAAAAGGCACAACCUGGAAUCCUCUUUGUUGGAAGACCCAUGGAAGAGCAUGGAAUCUGCUGAUCUGGUUGUGGUUCUUGUGGAUGUCUCAGACAAGUGGACUCGAAGCCAGCUUAGUCCCCAGCUGCUCCAGUGUUUGACUCAGUUUUCCCACAUCCCCAGCAUCCUUGUCAUGAACAAGGUAGAUUGCCUGAAGCAGAAGUCAGACCUCCUGGAACUCACAGCAGCUCUCACUAAUGGUGUGGUCAAUGGCAAGAAGCUCCAGAUAAAGCAAGCCUUCCGCUCAGGCACACGUUGUCCCACCCCAGUGAUGAAAAACCCAGCCCCAGAGUCUGUGGAAGGCCCUCAGAGGACUGGCUGGCCCCACUUCCAGGAGAUCUUCAUGUUGUCAGCCCUGAGCCAAGAGGAUGUGCAAACACUGAAGCAGUACCUUCUGUCUCAGGCCCACCCAGGGCCCUGGGAGUUCCACAGUGGAGUCCUUACUAGCCAGACGCCUGAAGAGAUAUGUGCCAACUUCAUCCGGGAGAAGCUUCUAGAACAUCUGCCCAAGGAGGUGCCCUACAGUGUGCAGCAGAGGACCAUAAUGUGGGAGGAAGGACCCAGUGGGGAGCUAGUGAUAGUGCAGAACCUUCUGGUGCCUAAAGAAUCUCAUGUGAGGCUCCUGAUAGGGGCAAAGGGGCAGCUGAUCUCCCAGAUUGCACAGGAGGUGUCCCAGGACCUUAUGGAUGUCUUUCUCUGCAAUGUUCAGCUGCGUCUAACUGUGAAGCUCCUCAAGUGAGUGUCCUCUACUACUGCCUUCCUGAAGGAUCUCAGCCCUAACUGACUCCUGCUGGCCUGGGCUUUUUGCUCAGUCUACCCAGCAGUGUCUCCUGGUAGAGGAAGUAAUGCACCUUAGCUCAGACCCCAGAAUUUCCCCCUUUGGGUCCCCACU